UCCCUGCGCGCUGCUAUCUAGUCCCAGACGCGGAGGUGUCGCUCCGCCAGACGCUGCGUUGGUGCUGGGCUCGGGACUGUUUGACGGACUUCCUCCCCGAACGGAGACGACCGGAGCCGCCUCUGACUCCCUCACUCAGCCGCCCCGCGCACCUGGGCACCAUGGACCUGUGGACCACCGGCACAUCCGCGCUCCUUGUGGCCGCCUUGGCGCUCUCCUCCGCGGCUCUCAGUCACUUCGACACCGAGUGCUACACGGCCAACGGAGAGGACUACAGGGGCUUCCAGAACCAGACCGGCCUGCAUGGCGGUAAACCCUGUCUCUUUUGGAACGAGACCUUCCAGCACCCCUACAACACGCUGAAGUACCCCAAUGGCGAGGGCGGCUUGGGCAGACACAAUUACUGCAGGAAUCCGGACGGCGACGUCCAGCCGUGGUGUUACAUCGCCGACCACGAAGACGGAAUCUACUGGCGAUACUGCGACAUCCCGACAUGCCGCAUGCCGGGUAACCUGGGCUGCUUCCGAGACAGCGGCGACCCCCCCGCCCUCUCCGGCGCCACCGAGACGUCCAACAAGCUCACCAUCCAGAACUGCAUCAGCUUCUGCAGGAAGCAAAGAUACAAGCUUGCCGGCAUGGAGUCGGGGUACGCUUGUUUCUGCGGCAACGAAGUGGACCUGCAGGACCACGACGAGUCCCCCGGCAUGGAGUGCAACCACGUGUGCUUCGGCGACCACACGCAGCCGUGCGGCGGAGACGGCUGGGUCAUCGUCUUCGACACCCGGGUGGGGUCGUGUGGGGGGAACCUGACCUCCCCGUCCGGAGUCAUCUACUCGCCCGACUUUCCCGACAAAUACGGAGCCAGCCGUGUCUGCUACUGGACGGUGCAGGUGCCCGGAUCCUCGGCCAUCCUGUUCAACUUCACCUUCUUCGACAUCUCGGAUCAGGCCGACAUGGUGGAGGUGCUGAACGGCUACACCAACCAGGUGGUGGCGCGCUUUGACUGGCGCAGCCCCCCGAGAGAGGUGGUCAACAUCACUGGAGACUUCGUCAUCGUUUACUUCUUCUCGGAUCGCACCAACCAAGCCCAGGGCUUUGCUCUGCUAUACCAAGCGCUGAGGAGCCAAAGCGAGGAGGAGGACGACGAGGACGAUGACGGCGACGGCGGCUUCCUAAGCACGGUGGCACCUCCUCAGCCGCCCGCCGCCGUCACCGACAGCUCCAACCUCACCUCCAAAGGACGCUCCACGCAGAUCCUCUACGUCAUCACGUCCAGCCCCGGCAAACCGGAGCACAACAUGCCAGGUCAGUGGGCUGGACCCGGCGAGACCCACAGCGCUAUGUGGACCAUCUAUGCCCUGGCCGCCCUCCUCAUCCUCACGGUGGUCGCCAUGGUAGCCAAGCUGCUGCUGCACAUCACCAUCAAGUCUCCCCGCAUCCCCACUGUGAGCGGCUCGGACACUUGCAGCCAGAGCGCGGCGUCGUCGGAGCCUUGGAUCAUCUUGUACAAACCCUCCACCAUCUCCCUCUUCAAGAAGAAGCUAAAGAACCACCACGGCGACCUCAGCCCCCUGGUGGGCAACUAGCGCCACGGCCGCGCCGCUGCCUCGUCGGGACGAAACGCGGGAAAAAAAAAAAACCACAACGCCACCCAGACCGCCGACCAUCACGUGGGGGGGAAGCGCCCUCGGAUAAUGGAUCAUCUUCGCUGACACGAGUGACUGGAGGCGGACCGAGCGGGCCCGGCUGAGGGGUAGGGGGGCGGAGCCAGGCGCAGACCCACCUGGUCCGGAAGCCCUCCGGUGGCGACUCCUUCAUCUCCAUUGGGACUCAGCAUAGCUUCUUCUAUUCCGCAGCUUCUUUUCAAAUGUAAAUGCGCUGGACCUAAUGAGGGGACGGUGGACCUAAUGA